AUGUACUUAGACCAAAGGAUCAAAUCAGACACCGACUACGAUCUGACUCUCUUUGAUUCGAAAGAUGAUGCCUUCUGCACAGACUGGCUCGACACGAGGGCACAAGGGUCAGUUGUGUAUGUAGCGUUUGGGAGCAUGGCUAAGCUGAGUAGUGUGCAGCUAGAGGAGGUUGCUUUAGCAUUAAGAAACUUCAGUUUCCUGUGGGUGGUCGACAAAAUGGAGAGACUUGGCUGUCAAGUCACUCAGUGA